ACCAAGUGAAAGUCAGACACUAGUUGCUUGCGAAACUAAAUAGAUCUCUCGCUAAGAAAUUUAGAAAAAUUUCUUUUCAAAUAUUUGUUAAUAUUGAUUAUAUUAAAUAAAAAAGUAUAUAUAUAAAUAUAUAUAUAUAUAUAUAUAUAAAAAGAAAGAUGCCGGCUGAUAAGUUAAAUCAUUUGGUGGGUGCCACUACGCGUUACAUUGCUGGACGUAAUGCCAUGCAAACUUCAUAUUGGCGUACCGGUCCUGACGGGAGAUUAAUAAAAUAUAGCAAAGUGACCGAAUUUGGCAAAGCUCAGAAAAUGCCAGCCAGCAUACGUUUGGCAUACGCCAAUCGUAACUACUUAUCCACAAAGUAAAAGAUACCUGUAGCUUCGUUUAAUACGUAAACGGAUUAAGAAUUAUCGUUUAGUUUAAAAUAGGCAUAAUACAUAUGCAGUGCAUGCUUGGCUGUUAUCUAUAGAUGUGUGUACGAGUUCCUAGUUUAAAAAAGUUAAAUGAGAAAUCUAUGGCUUUAGAUUUAUGUAUAUAUACGAAAUUAUAUAUAUAUAUAUAUA